ACAGAAGAAGCAGUCAAAGGAUUUGAAGAGUCACCAAUAAACUGACCGUCUCAAAGAUGAUGACACUCAGAGUUGCAGUUGUUGUAGCCGUCGUGCUCACAUUCAUUUGUAUCCAGGAGAGCUCUGCUGUCCCUGUCACUGAGGUUCAACUGGAGGAGCCAAAUAACAAUGACAGUCCAGUUGCAGAACAUUCUGAACACCCAGAGGCCUCAGUGGAUGCAUGGAUGAUGCCGUAUAACAGCAGACAGAAGCGUAGUAGGAAGUGUAAAAUUUGCUGCGGUUGCUGCACCCCUGGUGUCUGUGGACUGUGCUGCAAAUUCUGAGGACUCCUGCUGACAUGAACAAACAAAGAAGAAAAAGAUAUUUUCUGGGAAUUUCUGCAUGCUGAAAUAAAUGUCCACGUUUUCAGUAAUGUGACUACAUUUGAUGCAGAUGUUAUAAUGCAGCAAGACAAUAAACUUUGAUAAUAUUGA